UGGCGCAGCUGAUUUUUUAUAUUUUUGAAUUUGCCAUGUACAAUUUGCCCAAUAUCAAUUUGCCGUAUAGAAGCCUGGGUGUUGAGUGAGUAUAUUUCUGAAUUGCUACACUGGUCAAUGCAUUACUGCUGCAGCCAUGAAGGUUUACUGCGCUCUGGAGAGCUGUCCCCACCACGCCAUCAAGAGUGACCAGGUCGGACUGGUGGACUUUCCCUCCGAGGCGGGCCUACUGCGCCGCUGGCUGGCGCUGACUCAAGUGCGUCACGUGGUGCGCGGCGUGACGCGCCUCUGCACCGACCACUUUCUGCCCCACCAGCUGGUGGUGGACCCCGAGUGGGAGCGCCGCUUCCCGGGCGUGGUCAACCCCAAGCCGAGCCUGCUGCCGGGCACUGUACCCACCCUGAACGUGCCUGGAUGGCUGGAGGAAAGUGACCUGGACGCCGAUCUGGAGCCGGCCGACCCUCCGUCCAUGUUCGUCCGCCAGGAUGGCAGUUCUGCGCGCCGCGUGCGCCCCACGGCCCGACUCCAGGAGGCGCACCCGGACCUGUUCGACGACCUGCCACCGAAGAUGUUGUCGUUUCCCGCCCUUCGACGGUCACGGGGCAGGCCUCCGAAGGGCCGCCGCGGCCGGCCGUACGACCGAGACCGGAGGCCGCGCUCGCCGCCGCCGGAUCUCUCAGACCCGGAGGUGCGGGCUCGGCUGGUACAGCAGGCGCUGGAUGAGUACGACUGGCGCCAUUCGCGCGCGCUGGAGACGGACUCAGAGCGCGCUGCUGAUGGUACGGAGACGCUCUACGUCAAUGUGCCCCAGUCGGAUGACGAGGAUGUGCACCACAGUGCGCCGCGCCGGCGGGGCCGGCCGCCUCUGCGCGGCGGGUCGGCUGUGCGCAGCCGGCGGGGGCGCGGUGUCAAGCGGCGCCGUGGUGCGCACGGCAUGGCGGACGGUGAUUGGGCCGCUUCCGAGAAGACGGAGCGCGAGCCGCCGCUGGCUGAGAGGCUGCCGCCCGACAUGUCCCAGCGGUUUCGAGAAGUGCUGGCCGCCCAGCGCGAGGUGCAGUCGUUGGCCAAGGAGCUAGAUGCCACGCCGGUGCCUGCGGUGUACACUGACGAUACUGAGAACCCCUCGGUGGGCCAACAAAGAACCAAUGCGUCAGACGGCUCCGUGGUCUCCGACAAUGAGGCUGGACCGAAGGCGGAGGAUAGUUCGCUGAUGGUUCUUCGCGGCGGUGGCGACAGCAGCGCGCUGACGGCCGACCCUCUACCGCCGGAGGGAGACCACUACAGCACACCGACCACGCUCGAGGUGGCGCUGGGUCUACUGCACCAGCAGCGGCUGGAAAACCUGCGGCUCCGCGCCGACCUGCUGCGCUCCGCUAUCCGUGAGCGCGGGCGCGCCGCUGAGCUGGUCAAGUGGCGCCGCAAGGCCGCCGAGGCCACCCGCGCCUUCAAUGACAAGCUGGGCGAUAUGUUCACACCGGCGCAGCUACGAGUCAUCCGGAACCGCUCGUUACGCCGCACGCACAUGUGGGACACGAUCGACAUCAAACGAGCCAUCGAACUACGGGGGCUCUGCACGCGGCGCGCCUACAACUUCGUCAAAGAGGAACUGCGUGUGCCGCUGCCUGGCCUCGCGGUGCUCCGCAGCUCGUCACAGAGAGACCCGGUGACGGCGCAGAUGUAUGCCCAGAUGGUGGAGAGCCACCGGCUCAAACACAUGACCAAACGUACGCUGGUGUCGCGUACAAGGACCGCCACUCGGACGCACGUAGUGCCGCCACCUUCUGAGGGGGAUCAACAUUAUGACCACAAGUACAUCGUGCUCACGGCCGGUGAGGAAGGCGGGGAAGGUGAUGCUGGUCACGUGGUGACUGACCCGGCCGACGCCAAUGCCCUGCUCCAGUCUGUACAGGCGGCGCAGGCAGCCGGGCAAGCCGUGCACCUGGUGGACGCUAGCGGCGCGCCGCUGCUGGUGGACCGCGCCGCCGGGCAGACGCCGCCCCCUCAGGAGGGGGAGCACUUCCUUAUGCUGGUGCCUGACGAUGAUGUAGAAGAGGCGCAGAGGGAGGAGGCGUCCGCCCGCUCUCCUCCGCACCGACCGGGCAUUCUGCGCAUACCGAGGGAUACGUCGGGCACGGCUGGUGAUCAGACUGCGCGGCAGCCUCCCUUCAAACUGGUGGUGAAGAAUGACGGGGAGGUAGUGACGGAGGACGGACGCACACUGCAGGAGGUCUCCUGGCCGGCAGGGGUCCAUUGGGUGGACGCCUCGCAUGUCAGCUUCGCCGAGUAGUCGCAGGGAAUCUGUGCCAGUGUCAGCUCGGCCGGUGAGUACCUUCCUACUCAUCGCGGCUGGAUAGGUGGGGUAGAGUCGCAGCCAGCCGUAAGAGGGGGCAGCUGUCUGAAAGUAGAACCUGAUUUCACCGUGAGGGCGCCACAUUCGGCGUGCUGAUAACUGCUGCUGCAGCUACCAUUUACCAAACUCUGUCCUCCACUGCUCACUAUGCAUUGUUGAACCUGUGUUCGGGACUACAGGCUGUUGGCCUAGGUAUACAGACGUCAGCGAUGUGUGAAAGUGGUGUGAGGGGUUGUAUAUUUAUGAGGCUUGCCAAAUGAUAUUGC